GUAAGAGCCUCUCUCAUCCCCAGCAGUGGGAAACAGUAGACAGAUAAGUGCGUCUGAGAGACUGCAGGCAUCUCUGUGAUCUCCGGGCUCAAGGCUGCUACUCGGCGCACUACACAGCGAACUACACCGCAUCAUUACCGGAUAGGCAAAAGGAUCACUGUGUGUCUAUGACUAUUUUCCAGCUCUUGUAGCCGUUUCCACCCCUUCUUUCCCGUGCACUUUAAUUGGAGAAGCUCGCCAAGAUGAUGUCCAUGAACAGCAAACAGCCGCACUUCGCCAUGCAUCCCUCCUUACCCGAACACAAGUACACCACCCUGCAUUCCAGCUCGGAAGCUAUAAGGAGAGCCUGUCUACAAACUCCACAGCUACAGAGCAACAUAUUCGCCAGCCUGGAUGAGACCCUCCUGGCCCGGGCUGAGGCUUUGGCGGCCGUGGACAUCGCCGUGUCCCAGGGCAAGACGCACCCGUUCAAGCCCGACGCCACCUACCACACGAUGAGCACGGUGCCAUGCUCGUCGACGUCCACCGUGCCCCUGGCCCACCACCAUCACCACCAUCACCACCACCACCACCAGAACCUGGAGCCCCCGGACAUCAUGGACCACCUCACCUCGCCGUCCCUCGCCCUCAUGUCCAGCGCGCACGACGGGGCAGGUGGCGGCGGAGGAGGAGGUGGAGGAGGCGGCGGCGGCGGAGGUGGCGGCGGAGGGCUCAUCUCCACCUCCUCCGCUCACCCGCACUCGCACAUGCACGGCCUGGGUCACCUCUCCCACCAGGCCAUGAGCAUGAACUCGCCUCUCACCCACCACGGGCUCUUACCGGGCCAUCACGGCGGCGGCCAAGGCGGCCCGGGGCUCACUAACGCCGGACUCCCCUCCAUCAAUGACUCGGACACGGACCCAAGGGAGCUGGAGGCUUUCGCGGAGCGCUUCAAGCAGCGGAGGAUCAAGCUGGGGGUGACCCAGGCGGACGUGGGCGGCGCUCUGGCUAAUCUCAAAAUUCCCGGCGUGGGAUCGCUGAGCCAAAGUACAAUUUGUCGAUUCGAGUCCUUAACUCUGUCCCACAACAACAUGAUUGCGCUCAAGCCCAUCCUCCAGGCCUGGCUGGAGGAGGCCGAGGGGGCCCAGAGGGAGAAAAUGAGCAAACCUGACAUUUUCAACGGAGGUGAAAAGAAACGCAAGAGGACCUCGAUAGCGGCGCCGGAAAAGAGAUCUUUGGAGGCUUACUUCGCCGUGCAGCCUCGGCCGUCGUCCGAGAAAAUAGCAGCUAUAGCUGAAAAGUUGGACCUGAAAAAAAAUGUGGUGCGAGUGUGGUUUUGUAACCAAAGACAGAAGCAGAAGAGGUUGAAAUUUUCCGCUGCCCACUGAUGAGCAAAGGAAAGGAAAACAAAAACACACACAAAAAAAGUUGUGGGACUGAAUUUGGGGACCAAGGGACACUAAAGACACCAUUUUCAGUCUUUUUGUCUCCAGCGAUUUUCCACGUUGAUGCGCAAUGGGCUUUAGAUCCCCAUUUUAUGAGGCUUCAUAUAUCUUGUUUAUUUUCACGUUAUCGGUGAAUGUGAAGUAUGCAAAUAACAGAUUACACAAAAUUUCGCUCAGUUGUUACGAGGGAAAAAAGUUUUAGCGACAUUGCCUUUUAAAAAACAUGUGGAAAGAGGUAAUUUGCUUGAUACUAUAGCGAGUUAUUUUCUCCUAAUAGGCCUAUUAUUUGAAGUAUAGCCAUUUACGAAUUACCUCAUUGAUUGUUGAACUGUGUUCUUGGGUUUGAUUUCUUUUUUUCUUUUCUUUGUUGUUGUUGUCGUUCUAGAAUAAUUCAUGAAUCUGUUCAUUUAUUCAUCCGUUCGUUUCUUUCUGAUUUGGAGGCUGCUAUGAAGUCAAAUUUAGUUGCAAACUUUAAAUGGCUAACGAAAAAAAUGUAGGCCUGCAUGGAAUCCUAAUUCACGGGGAGUAAUUUAGCCUCUUCUGGGCUGUCACAUCUACAGAUAUAUUUAUUUUGAAUUUGCACAAAAAAAGGCCCUUUUAGGUUUCUAGAUCGGUUAAAUGGUUUUGUAUAUACAGACAUCACUUUAUCACUUAUCAAAGGUGAGCUCCUGUGUUUUUUUUCGGGGGGGGAAAUAAAUUAUAAGGGUCUAUUCGAUGCCACAAGGAAAAAGUUUCAGACAGAUCAGAGCACGAAAAAGCCUUGUCUGCUUCAUUAAGGAAGGGAAAAAAGAUGAUUUCAUGUGUUUCAGUUUGCAGUGCAAACACUCUAUGCAUUGGGGGAAAAAAGAAAUCACUGCUUACAGUAGAGCUGUCUGCUGACAGACCUUAUUUUGUGGAUGGUGUAAGUCACUGUUAAAUGCCUGUUUUUUCACAUUAAGAUCACCACGUUGUUUGUCGUGUUAAUUGUUACGGAAACGUUGUGUAAGUAAUAUUUUACUUUGUGCACAAGUAUGUUUACAAAACUUGCGGCGACAUGUGCAUCAUUGGAAGAAAAAAAAUGUCCCACUGUCUCCUUCCCUCUCUCACAACUUCUGCACUCUCCUCUGUUGUCCUCUUUACUUUCAUUGGUACUAUUCAUCCUGUAAGCCAAAUUCAACAGGGAGGUGUGUUCCAGCAAUCUUCUAAUAAAUCAAAGAAAGAAAAACGUG